AUGAUUAAUAAUACAAUCAAAUCCCUUUUCCAUUCAUCUAAGUCAAUACCUUCAUCUAAUUAAUUUCAUAAUAGGUGUGUAUGUGAGAUAUGUAAAUGUGGUAAGCAUCAUUGUCCCAUUCAUUCCGAUAAUAUGCAUGGUGACUUUCAGUCUACAUUCCAACACGACUAUCUUCCUUGGAAAUCCUGCAAAUAGAAACCCUUUAACUAUGAAAGACAACCUUAAAAGCAUGCCUACGACCCAUCUACUUUGCUCAGUUCAUAUCAAAGUGAGUAUAUCAAGAGACCACUUCCUGAUAAAGAAAUUAGAGAAUUACCAAAAAUUCCAACCUCAUAACCAUUCACUAGUUAAUCCGAUUAUUAGACCAACUAUUAAAGAUUUCCCUUACCUUUAAAACCCCCAGUUACAAAAAAAUAGUAUAAAUCUGCUCCAAGAUAAGUCCCUUGGGAUACUACCUAUGGUGUAGACUUUAUACCAAAGCCAAUUGGAGAGAAAGAGUAAUUUAAACCAACAGUAAAGGAUGGUCCAAAUUGUGGCACUGAUUUUGGUUCAAGUACUUAUAGAACUGCAUAUAUUCCGAUGCCUACUUGCAAACAAGAUAAAUAUAGAGAUCCCCAUUAAAGAAAUUUAUAUGGAGAUCCUGGAUAAACAGGAAAUUCAACAUAUCAAAUGGAUUAUAUAGAGAAAUAAAAUAUUAAUGAUAUGUGUCCAGUCUUGGCUUUACCUAAAAGACCUGUAAAAUUACAAGGAGGAAAAUCUCAUCUAAAUUAUGAUGCCAUAAGUAAUAGAUGGAUUUGA